CCUGAGUUUAAGAAUAAUAUUUAUACAUAAACAUGACACAGUAUUUACCACCAAAUCUUUUGGCACUAUUCUCAGCCAGACCACCGAUCCUAUUCAAGCCACCUGUGGAUCGAUUAAAAAGGAGAAAAAAUGCUCAGCCAAUAGCAGGCAUAGCUGAAUUUCUAUCAGAAUUUGAGAAAACUGAACCCCCACCAGCAACCAGAGGUGAAACAAGGGAAGAGAAGGAACAAAGAAAGCAACGUGAGAAAAAUGAUAUUGCUGAUAAUGAAUUACAAGAGAAGAUAUUGAAAUGGGAUCCUCACAAUGAUCCAAAUGCCACAGGAGAUCCAUUUAAAACAUUGUUUGUUGGUCGAAUUAAUUACGACACUUCAGAAAAUAAAUUACGUCGUGAAAUGGAAGACUAUGGACCAGUUAGAAGGAUUCAUCUGGUUUAUAAUGUACAUACAAGAAAACCACGUGGAUAUGCUUUUGUUGAGUUUGAACAUGAACGGGACAUGCACUCUGCGUAUAAACAUAUAGAUGGUAAAAGAAUCGAUAACAAACGAAUAGUUGUUGAUGUUGAGAGAGGACGUACUGUGAAAAGUUGGAGACCUAGAAGAUUAGGGGGUGGUCUUGGUGGAACGCGCCGAGGUGGGGAGAGCGAGAACAUCAAACAUUCUGGUCGUGUGGAGAACUGGGAAGGCAGCCGCAAUCGCGAUCGUGGAGACCGUGAACGCGAACGCAGUGAUCGUGGAGAUCGUGAUCGAGAAGAAAGACGCGAAAGGAGAAGAAGUCGUUCGCCAAGAGGUGACCGAGACCGAGACCGUGAAAGAAGACGUCGCGAAAGAGACGAACGAGAUGGCGACCGUGAUCGAAGAGAGCGUCGUGGUCGUGACCGUGAGGAGCGUGACAGUGAACGCGAGCGUGAAAAAAAAGACCGCGGCGACAGAGAUACUGAUCGUGAUCGUGAGCGCGACCGUGAGCGCGAUCGUGACAGAAAAGAACGUGAGCGCGACCGUGAUCGCGAUCGUGAAAGAAACCGGGAUGAUUACCGUUCAGGACGGGAAGAAGAUGGCGAGAUAAGAAACGAUGAAUAUGUUCAAAACGGAGAAGAAGAAGAAGAAGAUGAAAAGAAAUACGUAAAACAGGAAUAUGAGAGUUCCAAACAAAAUCGAUAUGAUGACAGUAACGGAUACGAAGCUGCAGUCCACAGUGAUUAAACUAAUCAAAUUAAUUUUCUAUUUAGUAUAAAGAUAGAACUGAUCAAUUCCCUUAAAGACGAUCCUCUCAACGACAAUUUUUAGAUGUCCUUUAUAAAGAUCAUUAAGUGGUAGCUCUUAAUUUUAAAUAUUUUUAUGUAUAUCAAAAGCUCUUCGUCAUCGGUACUUUAUGCUUGCCGUGUACAUGCUACUUAUUGUUAUGCAAAACUGAAAUGAAUUUUGUGAAAUUUCAUUUUUCUAUGAAAAAGUGGCUUGAAAUCACGUCAAGCUGCUAACAACCGAUAGUUAUAUAACCUUGUAAUUCUGCUUGCUUUGAAGAUAUUCUAAGAUAUUUGAA